AUGUGCAGGCUCCAUCCAACCACCAUAUCUCCACCUACUUUAUUCCACUUCGAACUACAGCUCCUCAACAUGGUGCAACUUCCCGAAGAUGAGGAUUCUCCUCAAGUCAAUUCUACUAUGGAGAAACAGACAUUGAUCAAGCGAGCAUCAAUAGCGCUUGGUGCCAUAGUAGCUAUCUUUUUGCUUUUCAAUUGGCGGCCCAUUUGGUUUUUGUUGGCUCCCACUUCCGAUAACGUUUGUCCGCUUUACGAGACUUUAGUUCCAGCUUCGUUCUUUGAAGACAAUUCCACAGUGUUGGCAAUCUUAAACGAUGCUCAAUUCCGCGUUAGCUCUGCUAGAAAGCUUUCCAAUGCCGUAAAAGUCGACACUCAAAUUGGCGACAACCAGCCGGGAGUAGAUGAGGCUCCUGAAAUGUGGACUCAAUUCAAGAAAUUCCAUAAGUAUUUGAACACUACUUUUGCCACCGUGAUGAACACCGCCAAGGUUUCUUAUGUCAACACUUAUGGCGUGGUCAUUCAUUGGGAAGGUUCCGACAAGUCGCUCAAACCGGUGCUUUUGACGGCGCACCAAGAUACCGUUCCGAUUCAAUCGGACACUUUGGACAAAUGGACUCACCCACCGCUUUCGGGACAUUACGAUGGUGAGUAUGUGUGGGGCCGUGGAGCCUCCGACUGCAAAAAUGUGUUGGUAGCCAUUUUGGAGUCGAUGGAAAUUUUGAUAGGGCGUGGGUUCGAGCCUCGGAGAUCGGUGGUUGUCGCUCUUGGAUUCGACGAGGAGGCUUCUGGUACUCAUGGUGCUGCUCAUAUUGGUCCUUAUUUGGAAAAGGAGUUUGGAUACGAUGGUUUCCAUGUUCUUAUUGACGAAGGUCCAGGUUUGACCAAAGACAUAAUUAGUGGACAAAUGGUUGCAAUUGCCGGAACCGGCGAAAAAGGAUACAUGGAUGUGUCCAUUGAGCUCACGACACCCGGUGGACAUUCUUCUGUUCCGCCCGACCAUACUUCGAUUGGAAUUUUAUCGGAGGUUGCUUUUGAGUUGGAGAAGCACCCAUAUUCUCCGCUUCUCACCAGCCAAAAUCCCAUGAUGGGCUACUUGCAGUGUGUGGCUCGCCACGGUGACCUUCCGCGGCUCAAGAAAAAGGCCAUGUUGCGGGCGGGAUUCGACAAAUAUGCCAACAAAAAGGUGGUUCAACUGAUGGUCAAGAACCCCAUGUCGAGGUACUUGAUUCAAACCUCGCAGGCUCUCGAUGUCAUUGUUGGAGGAGAAAAGGCAAACGCUUUGCCGGAGCAUGCUAAGCUUGUGGUUAACCAUCGUGUAAGUGUGGAAACCUCGCUCGAUACCAUCAUGGACAAUAUUGAGUCGCAAGUGGCUAAAAUCGCUGAAAAAUUCAAUUUGGGUCUCACGGUACAAGGUGAAAGUAUUCUUCCCGCAACAGAAAAAGGAUUGUUCCAAGUGGGCUACCAAUCUCCUCCUACCAAAACGGCACCGGUAUCACCAUCUAACGACACAGUUUGGAGCGAAAUUGCCGGUGUCACCAGACAUGUUUUUGAACAACUUGUUUACCCCAAUCUUACCCAUCCGUUGGUAUUGGUUCCUGGAAUGAUGCCGGCCAACACCGACACCCGGCACUACUGGAACCUCACGAAAAACAUCUACCGGUACACUCCUUACUACAGUGAAAAUUUGGUCAAGGAUAACCGCAUCCACCUGGUAGAUGAAAGAAUGCUGAUCGACAACCAUCUACAGCUCACGGCGUUCUUCUACGAGUAUAUUCAAGCAGUGAACUAA